AUGGGCGAUUUUAAUACCGACCUCAUGAAAAACAGCAUGAGAGCUCGUUCUUUGAAAGCAGUGAUUGAAUCUGUAGCUCUAACCGUUCUACCUCUUGAGCCUACUCAUCACAACGUAGACGCGUCGGAUACCUGGCUAGAUCUUAUACUUGCCUCCUCUAUUGAUCACGUGGGCAAGGCUGGACAAUUUUUGGCACCAGGUUUUUCACGUCAUGACCUCAUUUACUUGAGCUACAAAAUUAAGCCACUUAAGGCUCAGCCUGUUACAAUUGAACUACGUAGUUUCGCGAGACUUGACAUGGAAGUGUUAAAAAAGGACGCGCAGGCUUUUGAUUGGGGCCCUACGUUGUCAGCAUCAACAGUCGAUGAGGCGGUGUUUUCACUAAACUCCGCAGUUCUGAAACUUUUUGACACUCACGCGCCAAUUCGAUCUGUCAAACUUAAGCGCCCUCCUGCGCCGUGGAUAACUCGAGCAGUCCGUAUUGCAAUGACAAGACGAGAUCGUGCGUUUAGGAAAUACAAACGCGACCGAUGUGAGGAAAAUUGGCUCUGUUUUAAAGCAGCAAGAAAUAGGUGUAAUCAGAUGAGAGAAAAACAACUAAAAUUAAAAUAA